AUGACCACCAACACAGAGACAGAACUCGCAUAUCUGCAAGUACCAGAGACGUCAGAAUCGCUGGAUUGGGCAGACCUGAGAACGCUAGAUCUUUCCAAGUUUGACGAAGUUGAUGGCAGAAGGAAGCUAGCAGCCGAAUUUACGAAAGCUAUUGAGGAUGUUGGGUUCUUCUAUGUCAAGAAUCAUGGAUUGACCAAUGAGGACAUCGACACCCAAUUCGCUCUUGCAAAGGCUGUCCUUUUGCUCCCAGACGAAGAGAAAUUGAAAUAUAGAGCGGCACUCGAGGAAGGUGAUUAUAACGGGUGGAAGCCUGCUGGAACGAGGCAUCUUAUUCCCGGGGUGAAGGACAACUUUGAAAUCUACAAUAUUCCCAAGUUUGUUCCUGAGCAUGCCGACCGCCCACACCCCGAGUUGAUCAAGAGACACUGGAAAACAAUCGAAAGGGUUUCGCGACACAUCAAUGAUCAGAUUGUCCGGAAACUUCUCAUCAUCUUCGCAGUGGCAUUGGGGUUGGAGGACGAUGAAUGGUUUGUCAAGAAGCAUCGAUAUGAGAAGAGUAGCGGAGAUCAUCUCCGCUAUAUGAAGUACUACCCCCGAAGUGAGGAGGAGAACCGAAAACUGGGAGGCGUUUGGCUGAAAGGUCACUCGGACAUGGGGAGUCUCACUCUGCUCUUUCGCCAACCAGUCGCAGCUCUGCAAGUCUUGACCAAAGAUGGGAUUUGGAAGUACGUGCAACCGCAGAUGAAUGCUCUGACUGUCAAUAUGGCGGAUGCUCUUCAUUUCAUGACCAACGGGUUCCUGAAGUCUAGCAUUCACCGAGUCGUUGCACCGCCAAAGGACCAAGCUCAUGUCGCUCGCCUGGGCGUUCUGUAUAUGGUGCGAAUCGAGGAUGACUCCGACUUGGUUCCGAUUGAAGAAUCCCCGGUGCUUCGAGAGCGAGGUCUCACAACCGAAAGGAUUUUGGGAAGUGACGGGCGACCGAUCAAAGCUGGGGAAUGGGUGAAGCAGCGGAUAAUCAAGAAUCUGGGUACUUCUACCAGCGAAGAAGGCGACAACGAUGUCAACGAUGUCGAGAUUGUGAAAGGCGUUUCUGUGAAAUAUUUUGACUAA